AUGUUCCCUUCUUGCAAUAAUCUGAAGGAGAUCGUUCUUGGAGACACAAGAAGGCACAUGGUGAUGACAAGGUUUGCUUACUUGUUCUUGUUUACCAUGCUCUUAAGUUUAAGCUAUGCGGCUAUAACACCAACAAGUCCUUUGUCAAUAGGACAAACUCUCACCUCCCCUAAUGAGAUUUAUGAAUUGGGGUUCUUCAGUCCUAAUAACUCCCAGAAUCUCUAUGUCGGAAUCUGGUUCAAGGGUAUCAUUCCCCGGGUGGUUGUGUGGGUGGCCAACAGAGAAAGCCCUGUCACAGACUCCACAGCAAAACUCACCAUCAGCAGCAAUGGAAGUCUUCUCUUACUUGAUGGAAGACAUGGUGUUGUCUGGUCCAUUGGAAAGACUUCUGAUUCAAGCGGGUCUCGAGCAGAGCUUUUAGACACCGGAAAUCUUAUUGUCAUAGACAACCUCUCAGGAAGAACUCUAUGGCAAAGCUUUGACCAUCUUGGUGAUACUAUGCUCCCUUACUCAUGUCUCAUGUAUAACCUCAACGCUAAUGAGAGGCGUGCGUUGACUUCUUGGACAAGUUACACUGAUCCAUCGCCUGGCGACUUUGUGCUUCAGAUUACACCUCAAGUGCCAUCACAGAUGUUUAUCAUGCGAGGCUUGAUGCCUUACUGGAGAAGCGGUCCUUGGGCUAAGAUUAAGUUCAGCGGAGUACCGGUUAUGGAUGAAACAUAUGCAAGCCCAUUCAGCCUUGAGCAGGAUGCAGACGGAUUAGGAAAGUUCUGUUAUUUAGACAGAAACGUCACAGUUACACCUAUAAUGUUAACAUCAGAAGGAUCAGUGAAGAUAUCUCAGCAUGAUGGGACUGAAUGGGGAUUGUUAUUUGAGGCUCCGGCUAACCCAUGUGAUCAUUACGGUGUGUGUGGACCGUUUGGCUUGUGUGUCACGUCAGCAUCAUCACCAAAGUGUAAAUGCUUCAAAGGGUUUGUACCAAAACACGUUGAGAAGUGGAAAAGAGGAAACUGGAGUGAUGGUUGUGUGAGACAUACUGAUUUGCUAUGUCAGGGAAACUCUACUGGCAAAGAUGCAAACGUCUAUGGAUGCUGA